AUGGCUCCCUCAAUCACCGAAACUGUUUCUCAAACCUCGGAUGCGAUUCAGAAGAAGCUCGCAAAUGUUUCCCUGGGAAAUGGCAAUAAACCUGCGGAGAAUCAAAAAGAGGACGGUCCAGCUCCCGCCGUUCAAGCCCCUUCUCAAGAAGCUCAGCACAAGGAGCCACUCAAGCUCUCAGGAGCUCUUGAUCAUUUCGAGAGCUUCGACGUGACACCAACUAUAGGCCGGGAAUUUGUCAACGUGAAUCUUGCAAAUUGGCUCCGGGCACCAAACUCAGAUGAACUGAUCAGGGAUCUAGCUAUCACCAUUUCUCGACGUGGAGUUGUGUUCUUCCGCAAGCAGGAUGAUAUCACAAAUGAGCUUCAAAAGGAGCUUGUCCAGCGUCUUGGAGAACUCUCCGGCAAGCCAGCUACCUCGAAGCUUCACAUCCAUCCAGUUUCGAACUCCGGUCGUGAGCUGGGAGGAAAGGAUGAUGAGAUCAGCGUGAUCUCUUCUGAGCAAGCCAAGAAGAUCUACAAAGAUAGAAUACUCUUCCAAUCAGAGAAGAAGCAGAGUAGCAAGGAACAGUGGCAUUCAGAUAUCACCUUUGAGCCAAUCCCCAGUGACUACGCUUUGUUGCGGUUGACUCAACUGCCAAAGACUGGCGGUGACACACUAUGGGCAUCUGGAUAUGAAGUCUACGACCGCCUGUCGGCUCCAUACCAGAAAUUCCUUGAGUCGCUUACAGCAACAUACGCUCAGCCCAGAUUUAACGAGGCGGCUGACAAGAAUGGCUUCAAGAUCUACUCAGAACCACGUGGUGCUCCCGAAAACGUGGGCGAGAAGCUGGAAGCCAUCCACCCAGUCAUUCGAACAAAUCCCGUGACUGGAUGGAAGUCCAUUUUCGCAGUCGGACACCACGUCCAACACAUAAACGAUGUAGCUCCUGAGGAGAGCAAAGCCUUGCUUGACUGGUUCGUUCGACUGAUUGUUGACAACCACGAUUUGCAGGUGCGCCACAGAUGGCAGAAUCCUAAUGACCUAGCAAUCUGGGACAACAGGAGCGUCUAUCAUGCUGCAACUCCAGACUAUAUAGAUCUUAAUCUUGGUGAGAGGACCGGACAGCGAGCUGUUAGUCUCGGUGAGCGGCCAUAUCUAGAUCCACAAAGUACGGGACGACGGGAAGCGCUUGCAAGAGAGGCGUCUGCUUGA